CACCGACUGGAUAGGAUCCACGUGGGUUCUUUCUCCGGUCAGGUACAGACGCUGAAGGUUAAGCAGUGCUGUCAGGGUGUUUUGUUUGUUUAGUGGAUCUGUGGGUAUUGUGUGAGGGUGAAAAGAAAGGUUUAUUUGAAAACAUGGACCCCAUGAAAGCGCAGCAGCUCGCCGCGGAGCUGGAGGUUGAAAUGAUGGCUGACAUGUAUAACCGCAUGACCAAUGCAUGUCACAGGAAAUGCGUUCCACCACACUACAAGGAAGCAGAACUUUCAAAGGGGGAGGCUGUAUGUUUGGACCGCUGUGUCGCCAAAUACUUGGACUUGCAUGAGAGACUUGGCCGGAAACUUACUGAGCUCUCGGUGCAAGAUGAGGAGUCGAUGAGAAAGGCUGCUGCUGGCACCAGUUAAGCACUGUAUAGUCCAGUAGUGAAUAUUGAAGGCAUGGAUGCUCUGGGGUUUUUGGGGGAGGAAACACUGUGGACAUGUACCUGGCAAUGUGUAUUAUAAUAUUAAUAACAUUCUAACAACUGAUUCACCGGGAGGCAUACUGGUGAAAGUUUCAGACUUUAUGCAAGAACCCGAGAUGACUUCUGGAAGAACCCUAAAAUCUGCAAUGGAGUCUGCAUAAACAUUAUUAAAAUGUUUAUCACAGGAAUCAAACUUUAUCUGUGUGGGGUGAUUUAUGAGGAUUUGUGAACUUGUGUGUCCAUGUCAUUGCUGUUUUUGUGAAUGUUUUUUAUGUUGAUAUUGUAUUUCUAAUAUUCUAAAUCAUUUUGCAAAAACAUACCUUGACUGGUUUACAAAAUUAAAUUCUUUUUAGUAUAUGUUAUUGAAGACAAUGUAGAGAAUAGGUUACCCCAAAAUAAAAAGUCUGUCAUUAUUUA